UUAAAAACCUAUCUGUUCGAAUUCCUUUUGUUUAUUCCAUAAUUCACAAUAAUUUUUUUGUUUAAAUUUUAGGAAAUUGGCAAAAAAUACUGAACUCCAUUUGCCCUCGCCGACGUUUCUUUUUCAAAGCGGGCGAGGUUCUUUUUACACUCUUGAUGUGCCAUUUCUUUCAUUAUUAAUAGCUGUGAAGCCCAAGUCUAUUGUUAUCAUGUGUUCAUGUUGGGCUAAAAAAAGGCAAAACAAAGCAAAGCAAUAGUCAACUGUUGAUUCCGUUUCUUCCUUACCUGUUACCAUUAUUUGUCGUUUCUCUUCUUAUCUGCCAAAUUCUCCAUUUCAUAAACACUCCCAUCUCCUUCGAAUUUCCACGUGCUCUUAACUUGAUCCAAGGCUUUUUAGACAUGGAUUCUUCUUUGAUUUCAAAAGAUUUUCACGAGGCAGGUGUUGAUGAUGCAGGGAGACCUAUGCCUAACGACCAAAACGUUCUGCAAAAGCAUGCCGCAUUCUUUGAUAGAAACCACGAUGGUCUCAUUUAUCCAUGGGAGACUUUUGAAGGGUUUCGAGCAAUUGGGGCUGGCUAUUUCUUGUCAAUUGCGGGUGCCUUCUUCGUCAACGGUGCUCUCAGUGGCAAAACUCGCCCUGGAAAAUACACAUCUCUGCUCUUCCCCAUUGAGGUUAAAAACAUCCACUUGGGAAAACAUGGGAGUGACACUGGUGUAUACGACAGUGAAGGAAGGUUUGUACCCUUGAAGUUUGAACAAAUCUUCAGCAAAUUCGCCCGAACACAUGCCAAUGCCUUAACAUCUGAUGAACUGAUGGCAAUGCUCAAGGCUAACAGGGAACCACAGGAUUACAAAGGAUGGAUCGGUAGCUGGACGGAAUGGAGACUUUUAUACAGCCUUUGCAAGGACAAAGAUGGACUAUUGAGGAAAGAAACAAUUAAAGCUUUUUAUGAUGGAAGCCUGUUUGAACAAAUGGAGAGGGAAAGAACAGCUGCCAAAAAGAAAGCGUCAUGAAACAUUGAUCACUUCAAUCCCAAUGGCUUAAUAUGUAAAAUUAAUCGUUUGAAAGAAUUAAAGAACAAGAUAUUGUCGGAUUUUUUCUUUUGUUUUUGUUCCGAAACAGUUGGAUUUGAAGAAAUGCUUCUUCCUAUGCUCGACCACAAAGGGUUGGGAAGAUUUGAUGGUGGGAUUUGUGAUUUAAUUAUUUGGGAAGAUAUAGUGGGAUUUGCUUGUUGAUGCUUCAGAUGUUUAAUUCCAUAUAGAAGUCUAAAUUAGCGUUGUCAAAUUUAUUAUUUUAGCUAUUUUUUCCAUCAACUUCCAUUCAUAUUCUAUUGAACAAAUUUAAGGUGUCAUUGAUAAGAAGAAGAUCAACUCAAGUAAAGAUGGCCCUGCCACACAGCUGUUCGACCAACCUAUUAAAUAAAUAAUAGAUGUCUUAACCAAUAUUUUGUCUUUGAAUU